GACGUCUUCUCCUCGUGGCUGCGGUGGACGGUUCCUUUACGAUCGGUUUAGCAGGAAAACCACUUCAUGUGGGUAAAGCAACGCAGCAGUCUGUCGAUGUGGACAUUGUUUAAAAGUGACGUCAAACUAGACCCGAAUGCUAAUAUGCUAAAUGGAAGUUAUUACAGCUGCAAACAAGCAACAAUAAAUGAACCUGAAGCGUCACCUGUACAUUUACCUGUAACUUCAACUGAAGCUAUACAUGUCUUCACCUGUAGCUCCACGUGUAGCUUCACCUGUAGCUUAGUCUUCUUUCACCGACAUUGAUGUGAACUUGGGUGAUAAAGAGCAGGAGUUAAGAACAAUUAAUGGCCACCUUCAAGCUGGAGUCCUGUGGGGCAGCAGGGGAAGGAAAUGCCUCCAUUAAAGUCCACACAUUACACGUACCAGCUCAAGGUGGACCCAUCGCUGCUGUACAGCACCCACCAACUGCUGCAUCUGUCUCAAGUAGUGUUUCUGCCUGUGGCCCAUCUAAAGUCAUCGCCACUGGCCAGGGCCGCCAACCUACAUCCUCUACAUUGGUGGUAGCUAAGGUAGCCACCCCAGGAGGAAUGAGUGCUAAUGGCCAACGACAGGUAACGAAACCAGCUCUGAGCCAGGUGGCCUACAUGAACCAGGCCACAACCACAGGAAGGACAGUGGUAAUAACUGUGCCCAGGACAGCAGCUCCACAGCCAGUCGCUGUGGCCCCUCAAGUGCCACAGACUGCUUCCUCACAUCUCCCUGCCAAUAUCCAGAUACCAUCAGGUAUGGUGUUGAUCCGGAGUGACAGUGGACAACUGAUGCUCAUAUCCCAGCAGGCUUUGGCAAAGGCUCAGCAGGCACCAAGAGUUGCCAGUGGUCAAGCACCGAGAAUUUUGUCGCAUCAGGUGUCUGCAGCAUCUGAAAGUAAAAGUAAUGAGAAGGUGACCGUGAUCAGGAUGGCAGCACCUCCUAGUUUCGUGUCAACACCCAUCCAGAAGACAGCUGUGGUAAAGGUUUUUGGUGUCGCUCCCAAACCAGCUGUGGGUCAAACCCAGAAUACUGCUUCAGCGCAGAAAGGCCAGUCUCGCAAUCAGGCUGCAGACACACAAACCCAGAAGACGCCUCUGACCACAUUCAGUCAGGAGACCCUGGAAAGUGUGAGAAAGUGCAAGAACUUCCUGGUAACUCUGAUAAAGCUGGCCUCCAGUGACACCAGGACUGCCAACAUGGCUAACAAUGUCAGGGGACUGGUCAGGAUUCUGCUGAAAAGUCUUCCUGCAGUCCGUUGCCUCACUGCAGACCCCCAGUUAUUUAUUCUGCAGGCCUCAACUUUUGCUUGCAACCCCAACACCCUGUCUCCUACCAUGAAGCAGUCGAUCAUUGACACAGGACAAAACCUAAACACCAACAAGCAGGUUAUUCAGCCAACUCAAAGAGUGAUUCUGAGACCGGGGUUGACCACAUUAGCCCAGUCCAGAAAUUACAUGUCUAAGAGCAGCAGACCUAACCUAGAGCACACAGUGCUCCAGUCUGGAAAACACUUGACAGAAACUUUUUCAAAGAAGCAGUCUGUCACUCAGUUCAAGGACUCAGGAUCAUACAAAGAUGAUGAUGAUGACAUUAAUGAUGUAGCCUUCAUGGCUGGAGUAAACGUGAGGGAGGAGAAUGCUCAGAUCCUGACCACUGUGGUUGGCUCUGUGGUGCAGUCAUGCCAGGAUCAGGCCUUCCUCUCAUCAAACCCACUACUGAGCCGGAUCCUUCAUACAGGACAGGCACUGGGAGUAAAUGAGGUCAGUCCAGAGGUGGUUGCUCUGGUUUCUCAUGCCACUCAGGAGUGUCUCCGUGGACUUUUGGAGAGGCUCAUUGUGAUUGCAGAACACCGCAAGGCCGCCCUGAAGGACAACCUGUGGUGUUCCAAAGUGAGUGAUGUGCGCUCUCAGCUUCACUUUCUUGAGGAAGUGGAGGCUUUGAACAAGAAGAGGAAAGAUGAAGAGGAAAGAGAGAAACUGCUGUGUUUGGCCAGAGGUCGCUCACACAACGAGGAUCCACAGUUUCAGCAGCUCAAGCAAAGAGUCAAAGAGUUACAACAGAGAGAAAAUGCUCAGCUGCAGCAGAGAGAGGCCAACCAGACAGCCCUUGCUGCCAUCGGGCCUCGCAGGAAGAGACCUGUGGAGCAGACUGAGUAUCAGGACAAGGUGGAGACUAGGAUUUUACAUGACUGCAAAAAGGCAGCAGAAUGUUGUGAGGCAAACCAUCAAGGGACAAGGGACUGUGUCUCUGAUACAGUGGUCUGCAGCACAGGAGCUCCACAGGGAACAGUCUUGGCUCCUUUCCUGUUAACCCUGUACACUGCAGACUUCAUGUACAGCACAGCCACCCGCCAUCUGCAGAAGUUCUCUGACGACUCUGCCAUCGUUGGCUUCAUCACAGAUGACGAUGACAGGGAGUUCAGAGAACUGACUCAGGACUUUGUGGACUGGUGCCAGUGGAACUGCCUCCAGAUCAACGCUGGGAAAACCAAGGAGCUGGUGGUGGAUUUCCACAAGCGCAGUCAGCCCCCCACAACACCAGUGAACAUCCAGGGAAAGGACAUUGAGAGAGUGGACUGGGUGUUCACCUGAACAAUAAACUGGACUAGACAGAAAACAGCAUGGCACUGUACAAGAAGGGCCGGAGCAGACUGUACCUGCUCAGGAAACUUAGGUCCUUUGGAGUGCAGGGGGCGCUCCUGAGGACCUUCUUUGACACUGGUGGCAUCAGCCAUUUGGUCAGACCAGAGUGGUCUGCUGGAACAACAGCAUCUCAACAGCCGACAGGAGGAGACUAGACAGCCUGAUCAGAAAGGCCGGCUCUGUCAUAGGAUGCCCCUUGGACACAGUGCAGGUGGUGGGAGAGAGGAGGAUUAUAGCAAAGCUAUCAUCAGUGAUGGACAACGACUCCCACCCCAUGCAGGUCACUGUUUCUGCACUGAACAGCUCCUU